AGAAAGAAUAGCAUAUUAUGCAGAGAUUUCAAGAAAUAACAAACAAAAAAAGGAUAAAGGGUUUUACUGUGUCUUUAAAAGUUUUUGGAAUACGGGCAGCAAGUAAUCCAAGCUGCACCCUGUGUGUGUUGGGAGGGGGGAGAUGAUUUAUUCAUUUCUCAGAGAAAGGAGAACUUUCAGUUUCAUUUCCCUGCUCCUGCUUUCAGUAAUGGCUGCAGCUGAUUUGAGGGAAGAAUUGAACUGCUCCAUCUGCCUGAGCAUUUAUACUGAUCCUGUAUCUCUGCUGUGUGGCCAUAACUUCUGCCAGGGCUGCAUUGGGAAAGUGCUGGAUACCCAGGAGGGGUCUGUUGGUUAUUCCUGCCCUGAAUGCAGAGCAGAGUAUCAGGAACGCCCUGCUCUGCAGAGGAACAGAGCUCUGGGUAAUAUAGCUGAGCGAUUCCUUGCUACUCACCCAGAGCAGGACGGGACUGGGAUUUUCUGCACUUACUGUGUCCAUUCCCCUGUACUUGCUGCUAAAUCCUGUCUGCAGUGCGAGACCUCCAUGUGUAAUGUGCAUCUCACUGCUCACAACCAGUCAGUAGAACACAUCUUAACUGAACCCACUAUUUCCUUUAACAACAGAAAAUGCUCUGUACACAAUGAGCUCCUAAAGUAUUACUGCUGUGAGGAUGGUGCCUGUAUCUGUGCCUCCUGCUGCCUGGCUGGAGAACACAGGGGCCAUAGGGUGGAGCUGCUGAAUGAGGCCUCUGAGAAGAAGAAAGAGAAACUGAGGAAUGUUCUGGAGAAACUGAGCCCAGAGAGAUUGGAAAUGGAGAGAGGAGCCCAGAGGCUGCUGGAGCGCAAGAGAGAAGUGGCAGAAAAAGCAGCAGGUGAGACAGAGAGAAUCACUGCCCUUUUUAGGGACAUUAGGAAGCAAAUUAAAACCCUAGAGAAGCGACUCCUGAGUGACAUCUCCAGGCAUAAAGAGGAGCUUUCCCUCCAACUCUGGGAUCUAAUGGAGCAGCUGGAUAUACAGAAGGAUGAGCUGUCCAGGAAGAUCUGUCACAUUAUGGAGUUGUGCAACAUGGCAGAUCCACUCACUGUCCUACAGGAACGGGAAUCAGAUGGAGUUGCCUUUUGUGGGGCUGAGGGGGGAGAUAAUGAGGACAGAGACAGAGAUUAUAUAAAGACACCUGCUGUUGAAGAUCUGAAUGUGGGACUGAUCUCAGAGACAUUACUCACAAGCUUAACUGGGAUUGUGACUGGGAUAAAGGAAAGGAUCUAUGGGCAGGAGGCUACAGACCUGAUACUGAAUAUAAAUACGGCUGGGAAUCACGUGUCUGUAUUAGGGAAUAAGAAAACUGCUUCCUACUCACAUAUUGGUCAGUGUUACCCAGAAGGCCCAGAGAGAUUUCAGAAGCCUCAGAUUUUAAGCACCAGGAGUUUCAACUCAGGGCAACAUUACUGGGAAGUGGAGUGCAAUGAAUCAGGGCAGUGGGGGGUAGGGGUGGCCUAUCCCAGUAUAGACAGCAAAGGGGGGCAUUCCUUAAUUGGUGAGAAUAACAAGUCCUGGUGUUUGAUCAGAUGGAAGAAUAAUAAAUAUUCAGUGAGACAUGACAGGAAAAAAAUAGAUUUACCCCACAUCCCUUCCAGCAGGAGAAUCAGAAUCUCACUGGACUAUGAGGCCGGACGUCUGUCCUUUUAUGAGCUGAGUGAGCCAAUCAGACACUUGUACACAUUUACUGCCUCCUUCACUGAGCCCCUUCAUGCUGCAUUCUGGUUACGCUUGGACUCAGUGAGAAUCAUUAGUUAGGGCACUACCCACAGCUAGAGCAGCAUUAUAUUCAGUAAUAUAUUCAGGUCUAGUGCCACCCUAUGAACUGGAGCUAAAUACACGCCCCACCCCUCCAAGCCUGUGAUUUGCACAUGUGCCUGACAUCAUAUCGGGUUGUGUGUGACAUCACUUCUGCCAAAGCCAUUUACCAAUGGUCCAGGUACCCCUCACCCCCCAAGCGCCAAUGGUGGACUUACACAGCAAAUCUCUGGCAGCAGCUGGGAAGACGUUUUUAUUUCUUGAAAAAAAAUUAAUUUAGCAAAUACUUAACCAAGGGCUGCCCCCCCACCCCCAAUGCUGUCACCCACACCCAUGGGUCCUUGGGUGCCUAGAACAUAGUAACCAACACCACCUGCCAUACAAAAUAUGAGCCUAUUGAUAUAUAAAAUUUGUCUACAACAGCAAGCCAUGUCUUUAUGGUGAGCCAGGGCAUUUGGCAGCUCCAGGUGUCUACAGGACUAUGCUGAAAGGGUAAAAUACUUGAGAUACAUAGUAAUAUAGUAAGUUAGGUUUAAACAAGACACACGUCCAUCAAGUUCAACCUUUUAACUCUAUUUUA